AUGGCAUCGCUAAACAAGAAAAGUAUCGUGAAAAUUUUGGAAAGGUGUGUGAAGAAUAACAUUUUGAAGGAUAACAGUCGACAACUAUGCACGAGCAAGACGAACUUGAACAGAGCAUCCGGAGAUAUCAUAGGUAUCGACUUAGGCACAACGAACAGUUGCGUUGCUAUUAUGGAAGGAAAGCAAGGAAAGGUUAUUGAGAACGCAGAAGGGUUUAGGACAACCCCCUCCGUUGUAGCAUUCACGAAUGAUAACCAAAGGUUGGUUGGUAUAGUGGCAAAGAGACAAGCAAUAACGAAUCCAGAAAAUACAGUAUAUGCAACGAAGAGAUUUAUAGGCAGAAAAUUUGAUGAAGAUGCAACUAAAAAGGAACAAAAGAAUUUACCGUACAAAAUUGUUAGAGCGCCAAAUGGGGACGCGUGGAUAGAGGCCCAGGGGAAGAAAUAUUCCCCAAGUCAAAUAGGUGCAUGCGUUUUGGAAAAAAUGAAAGAAACAGCUGAGAAUUAUUUGGGAAGGAAAGUACAUCAAGCUGUUAUCACAGUACCUGCUUAUUUUAAUGAUUCACAAAGGCAAGCCACGAAGGACGCAGGAAAAAUUGCAGGUUUGGAUGUGCUUCGAAUUAUUAACGAGCCAACCGCAGCGGCUUUAGCAUUUGGGUUAGAAAAGAGCGACGGGAAGGUCAUUGCCGUUUAUGAUUUAGGAGGUGGUACCUUUGACGUUUCCAUUUUGGAAAUUCUGGGAGGUGUUUUUGAAGUGAAAGCGACAAAUGGAAAUACGUCUUUAGGAGGAGAAGACUUUGAUCAGAGAAUAUUAGAAUAUUUUAUAGAAGAAUUUAAGAAGAAAGAAAGUAUCGAUUUGAAAAAUGAUAAGCUAGCUUUACAGAGGUUGAGGGAAGCAGCUGAAACAGCCAAAAUUGAACUGUCCAGCAAGACGCAGACGGAAAUUAAUUUGCCUUUCAUUACUGCGAACCAGACGGGACCAAAGCAUUUACAGAUUAAGUUGACUCGUGCAAAGUUGGAAGAGCUAUGUCAUGAUUUGUUAAAAGGAACGAUCGAGCCAUGUGAGAAAUGUAUCAAAGACGCAAAUGUGAAGAAAGAUGAAAUUAACGAAAUUAUUCUAGUUGGUGGUAUGACCAGAAUGCCAAAGGUAUCAGAGACGGUAAAGCAGAUAUUUCAAAAUAAUCCCUCCAAGAGUGUCAACCCUGAUGAAGCAGUUGCGUUAGGUGCAGCUAUCCAGGGAGGAGUACUAAAAGGAGAAAUAAAAGAUUUGCUUCUACUAGAUGUAAUUCCCCUAUCUCUUGGUAUAGAAACCCUAGGUGGAGUCUUCACCAAAUUGAUCAACAGAAACACCACUAUCCCGACGAAGAAGUCGCAGAUAUUUUCCACCGCAGCUGACAACCAAACACAGGUGAGUAUCAAAGUAUUCCAAGGAGAAAGAGAAAUGGCGUGCGACAAUAAAAUGUUAGGAUCAUUCGAUUUAGUGGGAAUUCCCCCUGCACCUAGAGGAGUCCCACAAAUUGAAGUCACCUUUGAUGUAGACGCAAACGCGAUUAUUAACAUUUCCGCUAUUGACAAAAUGACCAACAAGAAGCAGCAAAUUACCAUUCAGAGCAGUGGCGGAUUGAGCAAGGAAGAAAUUGAAAAGAUGGUCCAAGAGGCUGAACUGAACAGGGAAAAGGACCAACAAAAAAAGAAUCUGACAGAUUCCAAAAACGAAGCAGAGACACUAAUUUACAGCUCGGAGAAGCAGUUGGACGACUUCAAGGACAAAAUUUCCGAUUCGGAUAAGGAUGAGCUAAGACAGAGGAUCACCACCCUGCGCGAGAAAUUGUCAACUGAAGACUUGGAUGGAAUUAAGGACGCCACGAAACAGCUACAGGAGAAGUCCUGGGCCAUUUCGCAGGAAAUGUACAAGAACAAUGCCUCCCAGGGUGCUCAGCAGGAACAGCCCAAGAGCGAAAGCAAGACGGAGGAGAGCAAAGAUAACGCGUAA